AUGGCCGUCGACAUGGAGAAGAAGGACUUCAGCGAGUCGUCGAGUAACGACGCCUCGCGCGAAGAACUCACCAUGGCCGAUCCAGAGAAGACCGCUCUGGGCCAGACACCUUUCCCAACCACAGCACCCAUCGAGCCCGCGCCGCCCCUCCAGCGAUUGGAUUCGACACUGCCCAAAUCAAAGGACGAGAAGAAAGAGGAGGACGAUGUAUUUGCACAUCUACCAGAACACGAGGCGAGCAUACUUCGAAGACAGUUGGAUAUACCGCCGGUCAAGGUCACGUACAGAAGUCUGUACCGCUACGCGACCAGGAUGGAUCUGUGGAUUAUGGCCUUGAGCGCCAUCUGUGCCAUUGCUGGAGGUGCCGCCUUACCGCUCAUGACCAUCGUAUUCGGAUCGCUUGCUGGGAACUUCCAGGAUUUCUUCAACAACCCAAACUCAAUUACCUCGGAGUUUUCGCACAUUGUCGCCCACAACACUCUGUACUUUGUCUAUCUGGGUAUUGGCGAGUUUGUGGUAACCUACAUCUCGACAGUGGGCUUUAUUUACACCGGCGAGCACAUUGCAGGCAAGAUCCGUCAACAAUAUCUCGCGUCAAUUUUGCGCCAGAACAUUGGAUACUUCGAUAAGCUCGGUGCAGGCGAGAUCACGACCAGGAUCACCGCUGACACCAACCUGGUUCAAGAUGGCAUAUCGGAGAAGGUUGGCCUGACCUUGACCGCGAUUGCGACUUUCAUCGCUGCAUACGUGAUUGGCUACAUCAAAUACUGGAAGCUGACACUGAUCCUGACCUCGACUAUUGUCGCCAUCUUCCUGACCAUGGGUGCUUUGGGACAAUUUAUCGUCAAGUGGAACAAAAAGUCGCUGCAAUCUUAUGCAGAGGGUGGAACGAUCGCCGAGGAAGUCAUCAGCUCCAUUCGCAAUGCCAUCGCCUUUGGAACACAGGACAAACUUGCAAGGGAGUACGACAAGCAUUUGGCCAUUGCUGAGAAGUCUGGCUUCCAGAUGAAGGCCAUGACCGGGUCGAUGAUUGGGUUCCUCAUGUGCUACGUGUAUCUCACGUACGCACUUGCAUUCUGGCUGGGCUCGAGGUACCUCACCGAGGGUGAGACCACCCUACAGGACGUUCUUACAAUCCUGCUGUCCAUCAUGAUUGGCGCCUUUGCACUCGGAAAUGUUGCGCCUAAUGUCCAGGCCUUCACCACCUCUGUGGCCGCGGCCUCUAAGAUCUAUGCUACCAUAGAUCGCGUUUCACCACUGGAUCCAACCAAUGACGAAGGAAAGAAGCUCGAACAUCUGGAAGGAACCGUUGAGCUUCGCAAUGUCAAGCAUAUCUACCCAUCACGGCCGGAAGUCUGCGUUAUGGAGAACGUCAACCUGGUCGUACCGGCUGGGAAGACGACCGCCCUGGUAGGAGCUUCUGGAUCUGGAAAGAGUACGAUCGUUGGUCUCGUAGAACGCUUCUACGACCCAGUAGGUGGAGACGUGCUAUUGGAUGGCGUCCAUGUUCAGGACCUGAACUUGCGAUGGCUUCGACAGCAGGUCAGCCUGGUCUCUCAGGAGCCCACUCUUUUCGCAACCACGAUUACCGGAAACAUUGCUCACGGUCUCAUUGGUACCGAGUACGAGCAUCAAUCUGAGGAUCAGGUCCGCGAGUUGGUCGAGAGUGCCGCCAGGAUGUCCAACGCCCACGAUUUCAUCUCCGCAUUGCCAGAAGGGUACGAAACAAAUGUUGGUGAACGUGGUUUCCUCCUUUCUGGUGGCCAGAAGCAACGUAUUGCUAUUGCACGAGCGAUUGUUAGCGAUCCAAAGAUACUUCUGCUAGACGAGGCCACUUCAGCACUGGAUACGAAGAGUGAAGGUGUUGUGCAAGCUGCGCUGGACAAGGCUGCCCAAGGAAGGACCACCAUCGUCAUCGCCCAUCGUCUGAGCACUAUCAAAGAUGCCGACAACAUUGUCGUCAUGUCUCAAGGCCGCAUCGUCGAACAAGGCAACCACAAUGAGCUUUUGGAGAGGAAAUCUGCAUACUACAACCUCGUCGAAGCACAGAGAAUCGCUGCAGAGACCGAGCAGAAGCGUGAGGAGGAAGUUGAGAUGCUGGAUGAUUUGAAGGACGGCAACCUGCUCGAGCGAACUCCAACCGAGAAGAUGGAGGAGUACGAGGAAGAUCCCAACGAUCUCGAGAUUGGCCGUUCGAAAUCCGUACAGUCUGCUUCCAGCAAAGCCCUCGCCAACAGGAGCCAGGACUCGUCAGCAAAGUACUCACUCUGGACUCUGAUCAAGCUUGUUGUAUCGUUCAACAAGACCGAACUCCACUAUAUGCUGUUGGCCUUGUUCUUCGCGAUCAUCUGCGGUGCUGGCAACCCAGUCCAGGCCGUCUUCUUCGCAAAGUCCAUCUCUGCGCUCGCUCUACCGCCCAGCCAAUACGGUACUCUCCGAAGCCAGGCCUCUUUCUGGUCGUGGAUGUACUUCAUGCUUGCGAUGGUGCAACUGCUUGCAUACAUUGUCCAGGGUGUUGCAUUCGCAUACUGCAGUGAGAAGCUCGUCCACCGAGCACGAGACAGGUCGUUCCGUACCAUGCUCAGACAGGACAUCGCAUUCUUUGAUAAGGAGGAGAAUUCUGCCGGUGCUUUGACUUCGUUCUUGAGUACGGAGACGACCCAUCUGGCUGGCAUGUCUGGUAUUACUCUGGGCACGAUCCUGCUCGUCACCACCACUCUUGUCGUCGGUUUCGUCAUCUCGCUGGCCAUCGGCUGGAAGCUGGCUCUUGUCUGUAUCGCCACCGUUCCCGUUGUCUUGGCUUGUGGUUUUUUCCGCUUCUGGAUCCUUGCCCGCUUCCAAGCUCGCGCAAAGCAGGCAUACGAGAAGUCUGCCUCUUACGCCUGCGAGGCGACUUCGGCUAUCCGUACAGUGGCAUCGCUGACGAGGGAAGACGACGUGUGGCAACAUUACCAUGAGAUGGUCGAGCAGCAAGAGGCCAAGUCACUGAACUCUGUAAUGAAAUCAUCGCUCCUUUACGCCGCUUCACAGAGCUUGAUGUUCUUGUGCAUUGCUCUGGGAUUCUGGUACGGAGGCACACUCAUCGGCAGCCACGAGUACAACAUGUUCCAGUUCUUCCUCUGUUUCUCCGCCGUCAUCUUCGGCGCACAGGCAGCAGGAACGAUCUUCAGCUUCGCACCAGACAUGGGCAAGGCAAAGCACGCCGCCGCAGAAAUGAAGACCAUGUUCGACCUGAAGCCUGAAAUCGACACCUGGAGCAACGACGGCGAAAUGAUCGACACCAUGCGCGGCGACAUCGAAUUCCGCGACGUCCACUUCCGCUACCCAACCCGCCCCGAACAACCCGUCCUUCGAGGCCUCGACCUCGAAGUCCGCCCAGGGCAAUACGUCGCCCUGGUCGGCGCUUCCGGCUGCGGCAAAUCCACCACCAUCGCCAUGCUCGAACGCUUCUAUAACCCCCUAGUCGGCGGCAUCUACGUCGACGGCAAAGAAAUCUCCUCGUUGAACGUCAACUCCUACCGCAACCACAUCGCGCUCGUCUCGCAGGAACCGACCCUCUACCAAGGCACGAUCCGCGAAAACAUCCUCCUCGGCGCCGAUCGCAAAGACGAAGACGUGCCUGAAGAGUCGAUCGUCCAAGCGUGUAAAGACGCCAACAUCUACGACUUCAUCAUGUCCCUCCCAGAAGGCUUCGACACCGUCGUCGGCAGCAAAGGAAGCAUGUUGUCCGGCGGUCAGAAACAGCGUGUCGCUAUCGCGCGAGCACUACUCCGCGACCCCAAGAUAUUACUCUUAGACGAAGCAACCAGCGCUCUCGACUCCGAAUCGGAGAAAGUCGUCCAAGCAGCACUGGACAAAGCCGCCAAGGGCCGCACGACAAUCGCAGUCGCGCAUCGACUCAGCACCAUCCAGAAAGCCGACAUGAUCUACGUCUUCGACCAAGGCCGGAUCGUGGAAAACGGAACUCACAGCGAACUCAUCGCCACGAGGGGGAGAUAUUUCGAGCUCGUCAAUCUUCAGAGCUUGGGCAAGAAUUGA